AUGGUUAUAUCACGGAUAUAUCACGGAUAUAUCAUGGAUAUAUCACAGUUAUAUCAUGGAUAUAUCAUGGAUAUAUCACGGAUAUAUCACGGUUAUAUCACGGAUAUAUCACGGUUAUAUCGUGGUUAUAUCACGGGCAUCCACCCCCUUUAUAGGGCCCCCCAAGCCCUUAUUGCUGCCCAGGUGCCCCCCUCUACUGGAACCCCCCCCCGCCCCAGCAGUGUCCCAUGGGGUGGGGAUGCCCCCAGUGGGUUGGGGUUUGGGGUCCUAGUAAGGGCUCUGUGCCAUUUUGCUGUCCUGGCCACCCCCACAGCGCCAGGGGCUGGCUCCUGGAGGGGCACGGUCGCCUUCGCUGGGCGUGACAGGGGAGAGAGCUGCUGGCAUGGAAGUGAGCUGGGUUUGUCCGUGGGAGCUGUGAGUAAGGUUGCCAUCACGAAAGCCAAAGUGGAUUUCUCCGGCGUGGUGUGCCUGCCCCCUUCCGUCAUUGCUGGAAAUGGGCUGGACGGAGGAGGGGCUGGCGAAAAUGAUGAUGAGCCGGUGCUGGUGUCCCUUUCGGCGGCCCCCAGCCCGCAGAGCGAAGCUGUUGCCAAUGAGCUGCAGGAGCUCUCCUUGCAGCCCGAGCUGACCCUCAGCCUCCAUCAUGGCCGAAACCCCAACCUUCCUCCGCUCAGUGAAAGGAAGAAUGGUAGCAAGUUCCUGGGGAUUGUAAAGAGUUCCCUGGUUGCUGGUAAGGUUCCCCGAGAUGUGUAUAUUCUGAGUAGCGAUAAAGUGACGCUUCGCUGGCUUUCAACCAGAACCCUGCAUGUGAUCCAAAGACUGAACAGAGUUAUGUGAGCUUCAUCGUCAUCCUGCAGAGGGAAUUCUUUCCGAAGCAGCAAAUGGGACGUUGUUGAAGUCAGCUUUAAAUAUGGAAAUUUUUCUGCCAGAGCUACUAAGUGCAUAAAGGUCUGAGCUGGCUCUUAACGCACAGCGAGGAGUGCACAACUGUGAGCUGCAACGUUGCGGAGUUAUUCCAUUCAUGAAAGAUUUGAACAUAACCUUUUGCUGCCUUUUAUCCCUGUGAUUAACUGUUGAGUAAUCAAACCGUGGUUAUUGUGUUAGUCAAACCAGGGUUAAAGGAUGGAACUAACUAAAUAUAUAAAGCAUGCUUUCCAUUUUUAUUUUUUAAUAAAAAAGAUAAUGUAGAAGACUACUCAUUAGAACCAUUUAACUGAGCAGUACCUAUUUCUACUGCCAACUUUAAGUUUAAACAAGAACCUGCUGGAAGUCCUGUAAAACCUGGAGCUUGCAUUUAUUGAAUUGUUAAAUUACUGAUUAAAAUAUAUAUAUAUAUUUUUUUCCUCCAGCUGGUUUGAAGAUGCUCUCUGUCUGUAUUAGCAGUGAGUAUUGCGCUACAGGUUGAGACAGAGGGAGGGGAAAAAAAAACAUCAAGGCAUAUUUUUGUCUUUAUCCCUUCUAUGAACGCACACAUGCUCUAUUUGUCCUAAAACAGGGAAGAUGUGCUAGACACAAAACAAAUAUCCACUGCCUUGCUUUGAUUCCUAACCCUUCUUAUGGCUCCAUUUUAAUUUCAAAAUAAUUAGCUGACAAGAAACAACUUCAAGGGGUCUGUGUGUACGUGUGCAUCACUUUCCAUCUUAUAUACUUGCUUAUGGUCGGCUUACUAAUUUUUUGUACCAUUCACCAAUUGAUAUUAAAAACGAAAUGAAAGUUUGAAGUGUAAAACGUAAGCUCAUGUGAGGGUUUAUAUGCUGUAACUUUAAUCUAAGCAGAGUAUUCCUCGCUGAGAAAUUAAUGCAUUAUGUAUUACGGGCUAUGUUUAAUUGCCAUUACUGUAAUCUGUAAGCUACCCUUUCAUUUACAUGAUGAAUAUAAAUGAAUCUUCCGUG